GCCGCGUCGCGGCUGGCCUGGCGUUCCGUCGCCGCGGCCGCGACGGCGGCUGCGCGCGGAGACAGUGCCGCGCCGGGGCCGUACUCGUAACCUUGUUCUGUCUGUACUCAUCCGUGCGCCCCGCACGGCACGCGCGCAGACAUGGUGGGUCCAGCUCAUAAUUUGCAAUUGACGUGCCGUCGUCUUGUCAGAACAGCCACGCAAGGCAGCCCACGCACGCGAACACAACCAUGCGGCUGCUCCCAUGCGUCCUCGCCACUGCGGCCGCAGCCAACGUUGACUGGGAGAGCAUGCACCCCACCCCAGCACCAACCCCAAACACGCUGCCCGCGGCCGCCGGCGAGACAGUCACGUUCACCUGGACUGACACGCACGACGUUUGGCUGAUGCCGGACCAGGCCGCCUACGAUUCGUGCACCUUCACCAGCGCCACGGAGAUUCACUCGACGUCGGUGAAGACCGGGGACGUGGCCGGGCUCGGCGAGACCAAGUACUACGCGUGCCACGUCGGCAGCCACUGCGAAAGCGGCCAAAAAAUCGCGAUCACCUGGGCCGGCACCGCCACGCCGGCGCCGACGCCUGCGCCCGGAAGCCCGACGCCCAGGCCGACGGCCUGCCCCGAAGCCCACGAUCACUCGGACCACGACCACAGCAGGCGCCUCUCGAUGACGUACGCCGGCGCCUGCCAAGACGGAGGCAACUACCCGCUCUACGCGACCGAGGCCGAGGCGAAGGCCGUCGACGGGAGCGACGGAACGGCGCACCAGAUGGGCAACUACUGGAUGCCCAACUGCCUCGAGCACUUUUACCACGGCGACUACUCGGGCGACGCGCCGACGUGCGGCGCCACGGAGUCCGACGCGGCAAGUACCUUAGGCGUCGGCGCGCUCGCCGCGCUCGCCGCCGCGCUGGUCUAGGACCACGCCCCUCGCUCAAUAUCGCUUGUAAGUCUAUUUAUUUUG